AUGUCUACUUUUAGUAAAACGAAUGUUUUGUGGUCUUUUGAAAAAGGAGUAAAAAAACAAGAGCCAUUUGAAGGAACGGCAUUAACAGGUAAAAACCAAAUUGCAUUUUGAACUAUUUCCGAAAAUACCCAACAAGAAUGCAAUACAGUAGGUAAUUAUUAUAGUAUAUUAUACAAAAUUAGAAAUGUAUAUUGUAGUAGGUAUAAUAAUUUUUGAAUACGCUUAAAAGAAUAAUAGGGGAACACGGGGUAAAGCUGAUAUGGAGGCAAAACUGAUAUAGUUUAUAAUGCAUUAUUUUAUGGAUGAAAACUAUCAGUUUUAGAUUUAUUUCAUUCCUUAUCAUGAAACAUGUUGUUAUCACUGUUAAAAUCAACUGCAACGUUUUUUUUUAAAUUAAAUUUAAAUUUUCCUAGAAUUUUCGGAUCAAAUAUGAAAAACCGGGAUAAAACACAGGAAAACCCAGAAAAACGUAGGAAAAUUGACGUAACUGAUGUUUUAUGAAAGUUAAACGAUCAAUAGUUUUAUUUGAAUAUUCUUUCUAAACAUUUUACAAUUGUACCUCCUUAUUGAUUGUUUCUUUUAUUUUAGAAUUGAUAAUUUUUACUAUUUAUCGAAUUAAUCUUUAAGUCAAUUUAAUUUUGAAUUUUAAUAAUUAUAUCGAUAACUUGGUGUAAUUGUGCGAGAGUAGUGGAAAAUUGACUAUUAUCACUCAUAUAAUGUUUGUGAAAGAUAGACGAUUUUCGUUGCAUUUUGUGUACUGUGUAUACUGUAUUUUCACGAGUAUGAAAUAAAUAUUACUUAAACAUUUUAGUUUUUAAUAUGUGCAAAUGAGUCUUGAAUUGCGGGUAAAACAUUUUAUAUGUGCGUAAAAGAGCCCGUUUAUAACUAUAUAUUUUAUUUAGAUUGCACACCAGAUCAAUUACGAAUAAAAAUCGAAUUUCUAGAAAGCAAUGUUUCAUUACUCCGAUGUGAAUGCGAAGCGUUAGAAUUACAUUCAAUAAAACUUCAACCCGAGCUUUUUCAAACCAGUAAAAAUAUAAUAAUAUAACAUAUUCUUAUUAUUUUCUUGCGGUAUUAAUGUAUUUGAACAUAUUACUGCAUUUCUUGUGAUGUGUUCAGAUGAAAUAGACACGUCGUGGAUGCCGUACAAUUUAAGUACGGAAAAACGUCAGCCUGUACAAAAAGUUGUGAGAAAUGUACGAAAAAUGUCUAUGACGUCAACUAAGUCGACGAGAUCCUACUCUGGCAGCAUGUAUAGUCUUGUUAAAAAGGCGGUUAAUAACAAAAAGUAUGUAACUGAAAACCUUGGUUUUAUUAGAAAGAUAGGCACUAGAUAUUUUUUAAAUGGCAAUUUGUAUCUAACUUAUAAUAAAUAUUAACGGUAUUACUAUUUAAACGCAUGACGUUUUACAAAUUGUUAACAAGUAUAUUUUAUUAUUCUUAACUAUUCUUCAAAAAUAGUUUUAUUAGUUUCAAUUUUCAUAUUACUUAAUAAGAGAUUAGUUUUUUGUUCAAAACGUGCUUUACAGGACACACUCUUGUGAUUCAUAAAGUGGUUUGAUUUUAAUUAUUAUUUUUGUUCUGAAAAAAGGAAAACUUUCUUCAGUGUUCCGACUUCAAUUUUUGAUUAUGCAACCAAAAAUCACAAAAAAAGCAAAAAAUGGCCAAAUUUAAACUCAAAUUAUCAGGUUUACAAAUAAAUGAGUAAUUUUCCAAGUUAUAAUAAAGCAUAAUCGUCGUCGUCAUUGAUGAUUUCAUGAAGUUCAUUUUGCUAAAAAUAAACAAUUACAAAAUCCAAAUAUACUGAACAACAUUUUUAAAUGGUAUAGUUAAAAAAAAUUGUAAUUGCAAUACAUAAAAACAAAAUAAAUAUUCAACAUAAUUUUGCCGCCCUCUAAAAUUUGUCACCUUAUACGAUCGCAUAUUCGCAGUGUCAUAAAUCUGCCGUUGGCUGCACCCAGGUGCAAAGUAUGUCCGUCAUUUUAACAUAUAAAAGUAUUAAAAUAUAUUUGUCUCAUUAAAUAUAUUGCUUUUUGUUAAUACAAUUAAUCCAAUUGAUUAAACUUGUGUUAACAAGAGUGUGGUAAGACCGGCUAUGUUGUAUGGUUCGUAGUGUUGGGUGGUAGAUAGAAAAAUAGAACACAAAAUGAGUUUAGAACGUUUUGGUAGAUGAAUGAAGUUACGAAAGAAGAUAAGAUAAGGAACAAGGACACAAGAGGUAGCAUAGGCCGGGAUUCGAUAGUAUACUAAAUUAGUGAAAAUAAACUUAGAUGGUUUGGGGAUGUCAAAGAGUGAGGAAUCCGAAGCAGUAAGAAUGGUAGUGAAAAUAAACGUAGGAGGAGUGACGGGAAGAAGACCAAAAAAGAGAAGGUUGAAUGCGAUUGAAAAUAAUAUGAGGAUGUCCGGUGUAUGUAAGAAUAAUGUGAGAGAUCGGAUUAAGUGAAAAUUUCGGGCGAAGUUAGCUGACUCCAAAGAGCCAGAUUGAAUGCAAAGGAGAAGAAGAAUAAUUAAGUCAUAGUUGUUAUAGCCUAUAUACAUAAUUAUCUAAUGUCAAACUAGCUGACCAAGCAACCAUAUCAUCAUCUAUUUGUUCACCUAUUUAAAUAAACCUACCAUUCUUUAGGAUCGCAGAAUUACCCUCGAGUUGUUACUGUCUAGGAAAGUAUUUUUGUUGUAAGGGUACUUAACCUACCUAUGUUCCAUAGGAAACAUGUUUUUGAACAAAAACUAUGUAAUGCACAGGACCCCAAUUAAUAAUCAUUAUGUAAUUAUUGUUAUAAACAGGAUAACAAUAAAUCACAUGAUAUUUGUAAUGGAGAAGGUUUUAAUGAUCUUAAACAUGGAUUUCGGUAAGCAUUGCAAUUCGUUAUCUAUGGCCAAAGAGAAGAUUAAAGACGAAACAGAAUCUAUUACAUUAGAAUACUCGAGAAUGCUUCAAUACAUUGAAAAUUACAAGUAAACUAAGAUAUUUAUAAAUUAUAAAUUACUGAAAUUAAAAUCUCGUAAUAGUAUAAAGCUAAAUAAUAUCUUAUUAAAACUGCAGUAGUUAGGUUAGUUUAUUUUUUCACCAUGUGUUCGUUUGAUUUUCUCAAUUAAUAUACCUAUUAAUUAUAUCAAUAAUAAUCAUAUCGAUAAAUAUUUACAUAAUUAUUUCAUAUAUAGGUAUAUGUUUUACAUGUAUAGAUAACUAUAUUAAUAUUAUAUUAAUAAUAUUACAAUUUGAAAAAUUUGGUCUUUGCGUAAUAUGAUAUUCUUAAUAUUAGUUUUUCAACUAAAACUUUUGAUUUAAAAAUCUUAUUUCGAUGAAUACCAGUGGUAUUAUACCACAUAAGUUUAUAUAACUACUUAGUUAACACGAAUAAUCUAUUGAAUCUAUUAUGUAUUUACAUAUAAUACAUACGAGUAUACCAAAUACUUUUACUAAAAUUCUGUCAAAUUAAGCCCUUUUAACUUUGCGAAUAAAAUCAACUUAUUAUACUUACUUAUUACACAUAUAAUACCAUUUAUUAUAAUAUAUAAAUCAUAGUAUACAUGUAUAUAAUAUGAUGGUAUAUUAAUACGUAUGUUACACAAGAUUAUACAAGAUAACUAUUUUAUUUAUUAUAUUUUGUUAAACGAGCCAUGGCCCAAGUACAGCAAAACUUAAGUGAUAGCUUACAGAUAGAUAUAUAAUUACAUAAUUAAAUUAACAGUACUACAGUAUCACAAUAUUAAUUAAACAGAAAUGACGGGUCCUCGUUGGCAAUGUGCAUCAUCUUAGCCAUCGGUUGGUUACGCGAGUAGUUAGUGGUGCAGUGUUUAAUGGCGAAAGGAUGAAUGAUCGGAACCAGAGGUAAGGCGUUCUAAAACAAAUCUGAUUAAGUAACGCAGGACUAUAUAAUUUCCUCAGUAAGCUUCCUUAAGGACGAAUAGUUGGUAAGCAAUUCUUCGCAUACCUGCCAGGAAUUGCAGACUUAGAGCAUUCAACACCGAAUCCUACUCAUGCGACUUGGUGACAAGUUUUAGCAAAUAAGCAACUAAGUUCAACAAUUUUCGCUGAAAUCUAUCUGAUCUCUAUGUUUCCCUUUGUGUGGAUUCCAAUAUAGGUGCACAAUAUAGGUCUUUAAAGGGAGUCAAAAAUUUAAAUUGGUUGCAAGUCGCUUUAAAAAUCUGAGCGUUUUCAGAGCCUUGCAGCAAGAUGCUUCAAUGUGGGCUUGGAAGUUUAGAUUUUGAUCAAAUUGAAUCCCAAGAUCAUUAAUUGGAUUACCCAGAACGGUAAGAAUGGUAUCAGUAGAGAGUAAGAGAAUACUAGAGGAACACGUUUUCUAUGAAAGGUCAUUGAGCGGCAUUUGGCAAUAUUAAAUUAUAGUCCGAUAUUAUCAGCCCACUCAGCCAAAGCAUUCAACUCACUUUGUAGUAAGUGGCAAUCAUUUAUAAUACGUAUCUUCACAAAUAAUUUGAAUUCAUCAGCGAUAACCAGGAAUUGGCAUCUUUUGAUAACACUUUUGACACUGUUAACUAGUAAAGUGAACAACAGAUGAACAUAUGAUAGGUAUUACUUCUAACAAAUUCUCUACCGUAGAAGUAUUAUUAUUUUCAAAAUAAGAGAAGGAAAAUUUAGAGGCAAGUAAGCUCUACUAAUUAGAAACUCUUUACCAUUAAAAGUAAAUCUAACAAACAACUGCUCAAUAAUUACACCGUAAAUUGACACCAAAUGGGCAGGCACAUAAGCGCACACACUGAUAAUUACCCCACCACCUCUAGAACAGCUCUAGUCACAUUAUUCCUAUCACAACGAAAAAUAUUGUAAUUACUUAAUACUAUGAAUACAUAAUUAAAGCAUGCAAUAUUAUAAUUAAACAUAUUUAACUUAGUUCUAAGGCCUCAGCAGUUUUGGUAAAAACCAAAAGCCAUAUUAUUUAGUAUAUUUUUACUAUUUACCUGAACAAUAUUAUUACCGUGGCCGGAAAUUAGUUUUUUUGUGUCGAUGGCAUUGAUCUGUCUGAAUUUUUCUGCAUAAGUUGAAGGGAUCUAUUGUAAUACCUAAAGGGUCAGCCAUUGUCACCACCAUCACUCAAGCACUUGAGAUCUGCGUUGAGUUUAUGAAGUUUUUUGAAGUUUUUUAAGGGUCAGAUCUUCAUCAAUCCAUGCUUUACUCCAGCGCUUAAAAUUACGGAGCUUGGACUACGACUUUCAAUGCUAUAAAAACAUUAGACGGAUUAUAAUUAGUUCAACAAUAAUCGGCCGUGGAAGUGAUCUCUCCCGACCAACUCAUCUAGAAGAAACAAGUAUACGCCUAGCUAAGAGAUCGGAAAACAGAUCACCAAUCAGACUAGAAAUCGACUAUAGACUUUCAUCAGCUAAUGGAAGUAUAUUGUACACCAUUAAUUUAGAAGCCUUUUGCGUACCUCAUAGUAGACAUCACAAUCCUUGCCAAGAGUAUGUAGACUAUUCUUUAAAAGGUCGAAUCUUUUACGAAGCAGUUUUACUUCGGAAACUAAAGUAGUUUUUUCUUCUUUGAUCAAGCUCAGCUCAGUAGAUAUAUUGUCAAUUACAGACAAAAAGAAAUUAAGGUUACUCUUAAGACGUUUAAUAUUAUCGACAAUUUUCCUAAGCUUACCAUUAUGAGAUGAGACAAUUUUUUGUAUAGACGUCAACGUACACCAGGUACCAUGCAGAGUAAAUUUUUUCUUAUUAUUUAAAUUGUGUGGCUGCUCGGAAGAAGUUUCCGACGCAUCAGACGGGUUAGCAGACAUGUUAAAUUUUAAGAGCACCUGAAAAACGAGGUAGUUAACCCCAAUUAGAGUACAAAGUUAUACUUGACAAAAAUAAUGCUGCAUAAAUACAAGGAGUUAGCCAAACUUGCACAGAAAAAUGUCGGCAGGUCCGGUCGCCUGGAAAAAAAUAGCGAGGGAUUUCCGACCCGACAGUUAAAACGUAUAGAGUAUUUACCUGCAGCAGAGGAGUGGUAAUGGGACGGAUAUAGAUAGCUAGCAACAUAAUUAUAAUCGAUGAAGCACACACAAGUUCAAUAACAGUAAUACAGAGUAUGAGUAACUAAACGAUAAGAAGCUGUGAGCAACGACAACACGGCACAUCUAUUGAAGCUUAAGGUUAAGAUUGUACUGUAAUACAAGCAGUGGUUGUAUUUUUAAGUUGAUGGAGAGAAGAUUAUUUAAUUUCAAACGUCUCCUCACUCGGCACAUUUACCUCAGAGUCUUCUUAAAACUUUUAAAUUAAUGACGAGACAAUAAAAUCAAAAUAUUUGGAAUUUUAUUACAUACAUACUCGUAUAUUUAAAAAAAUUUAAAUGGCCAUCGGAAAAUAUAUAUACAUUUUCAGUGCUUAUUAGUCUAAAACAUGUGACAACUAGGAAUGGUCAUAACCCCUUAAUAAAAUAGUCUAUUCAAAUAUUGUUCUGAUGGCCUGAAUAAUAAUAUUAGUAUCUUCACAUACCUGACAUCGUAUUUUAUAAGUUAUAAGUUGCCUCACCCGAUGUUGCUCGAGCCAAUUUAAAUUACAAGAUAAUAAUAAAUAUACAUUAAAUCUAGAUAGUCUGUGUUAUUAUAAAAUUAAAAUAGAAGCACCUAGAAAGAGACAAGAAGUGUCGUGGAGUUUAAAUUAAAGGUAUUUCUUCUAACUAUAUUGAAGUUGAAGGUUGAACUCAAAUAUUAUUAUGAAAAAACGGAAAUAUUUUCUGACAAAAAAAUAUAUGCUUGGACCUUUUUAGAAUACUCCCGAAAAAUCUAUCUCUCUUGCUGUGUGGCUAUAAUCGUCAACUGACAUUGAAUUGUCAGCACAAAAACUGACUAAUAAGAUUGUUAAAGCAGUAUAAACGUCAAUACCCGAAGUUCAUAAAGACAACGAACAUCAGUUCACCUACCCAAAGAAAAUCAGAGAGCUCGUUCAACAAAAGUGGCGAGUAAAACGAAUUUGACAACUCGGUAUCCUUCCGAUAAAACCUAAUGGAACCAAAUCGGAAAAUUGCUAUAUGAUAAAAUUGAAGAAGUAAAAAAUGAAACAGGUUGGAACUAGUAUUAUCCAACUUAUUUAAAUCUGUAGUUAAUUCUAGUUUUAACUAGUCAAAACUAGAAUUGACUAAAGGGAUUUGUGAAAACUAGUUUUGACGGAUUUCGGAUUUUACUUAUAACAUAUAUAUUUGUAUUUGUUAAUACUCUUACUGAUUUGUAUUUACAAACAUUCUUUUAUAAUUUAAAUAAAAAUACCUCUAGCUAAUUCAGGGUAAUAUUAAAAUAAAUAGCUCAAAAUCGUUUUUAUUAUAUGAAAAUUGACAUUAUCCAACUUUUAACAUUUACACAUAGGUAAUUUACGCUUAUUAUUACACAUACAAAUUUUAAAAUUGUUUUCUAUCAACAAAAAUUAUGUGAAUUCAGGUCUUUUUAACAGGAAACGUGCUUUAAUUACUAUAUAAAUAAUUUAAUAUUAAUAAUUUACCACAAAACUAAAACUAUUUUAUGUUUUAAAAUGCACUACUUUGAUUAUACUUUUAACAUAUCUAAUAAAACCAACAUGGUAAAAUGAAUAUAUUUCUUUGACUUUUGUAGGACACAAGUUUUGGGUCCUGGAUACGAUCUACUCACUAAACGCAUACCUUCCGACAGAUACAUGAAUUUUAUUAAAAAGCAUUUUUUUGCAAGUGAUAAUGCGAUUAACGAAUAUCGUUUAAGAAUAAACGACAUUAUAAAUAAAAAAAAAUUGUUAAGUAAUACGUUGAAGGAAAUGCAAAUAAUCCGGGAAAAGGUGAGCGACAGUGACUUUAUGCAAGCUAAGUUGGCACACGAGAACCUAAUACGAAAGGAACGAGCCAUGAUCGUUUUGAAUAAAGAAAUUGAAGAAUUAAGAAGUGAGUGUUCAAAUAAUAUUUCAAUAUGCUCAUAAAAAAAAUAAUAUGUACUAUUUGUGAUAAAUUUCUAAAUGUAUUAUGUAAGACGUCAGUAUAAGAGCCCUGCAGAGAUGACCAAAGCUUUUAUUUUUUGGUUGUAGAGAUCGUUUAUAGGAGUAAAUAUUUUUUAAAAGAUUCAAUUUGAAUCUUAAUUAAUAAGUUAAAUGCAUAAUACAUAUUGAUAUUAUGAUAAUAUAAAUGAUAUUACGAGUAUUAUAUACAUAAUACAUGUAUUAUGUAUAUUGUAUAUGUUACGUUAAUAAAUUAAUCUAAUAAAUAAUUAUACUUACGAAAAUAAAAAAUAAAAAACGAAAGGCAAAUUCUAUACAAUUAUAGCUGCAUUACAAAAUUUGAUGCCCCGUACAUUCGCGUGUAGUUUGCUGUUUUAUAAACGUACCUAUGUGGGUACCUAUAAAUUAUAGGUACCCAUAGUAUUAUAGGUUAUAAUAGCAAAUUAUUCUUAUAGGAACCGUCCGUAUGACUUACUGUUCAAAAAUGUAUAAACUAGAACAAUUCGAACGGAAUUUAGGAUUGGAAGUGUUGGAUGCAGAAAUAGAAAAUUACAGGAAAAAAUCAUUAGUUACCAUCAUCAAAGUAAAUGCCAUAAUUUAUAACCUAACCUAACCUACCUAUACCUAAUAAAAGACAAUAAUUUAUUUUAUUUAAAUAAUCGAUUAUACAAUUUUAUAGGACGUUGAUGAUGGCGAGAUGUUCCAAACUCAUUUUACCGUACCCAAAGAGGUUUUGGUAAGUGUUAAAAAGUUAAAAUUAUUAAAAACGUUUUUGAGCACCUCCUUAAAUCUCUCCAGCCAAUCUAUUUGUUUCCACGCGAACCUUUCAAUAAACAAGAUCAAAAAACCGUAUACCUAUAUAUUAUGUUUAAACGUUACAAUAAACUGCAUGCAUCUACAUUUAAUUACUUAUAAAUAAAUAGUUCCUUAUUUUUAAACAAUUAAAAAGUAGUCGUAUGAGAUAUUUGAAAGGAAAGGUUAUACUUCUGACUUUGUUACCACUUCUAGCUACGCCGUUGACAGACAUUGGCCGUAACAAAUUAUCAUUCAAAUAAGCAAUAGUAAUAAUAUCAUAAUAUUAUACUCGUAGCUAUUUAUUACCGAUAUUGUUAAUAUAAUAACUGAUAUUCAGUUGGAAUACUUUGUGGGGUAAACGAUUCUGUUACCUAUUAGAACGUAAAUAACGAAUAUAUUCUAUUACAUUAUUUACGUAUAAAAAACCGGAUAACAAUGUCGUGUGUAAAAUAAAAAUAUGAACAGAGUUAAUGCAUUCAUUUACACGUCUGUGAAGUUGGCUAACCUUUCCCUUCCAUUACGGCCAAAACGUUCCGGACAAAUUUUAAGUUAUAGCCCUUUAAUUUUGAGUAAAUAUAAGUUCAUUCUCGGAAUUUGUAAGUUAGCCCUAACUAAGUUAUCGGACGAAUUAAUUUUUGAAUGGCUGCUCCCUCCUACAUCGCCAAAUCGUUCUGCAUAAAUUGUAAGUUAUAGCCCUUUAAUUGCAUUAUAUUAUAUUUUUAUACUUAAUAUUAUAUAAUAUAAUUUAUUAUUUAUAAUUUUCAAAGUAUACACCUAUUAAGUAUCUGCUUGAAUUAUUCAUUAUUAAUAAAUAACAAAUUUUAAGUUUCAUAAUAAAUAAGAAAUUAAAAUAAUAUAUUUACUUGUAUUUGUUUAGUUAUUUAUACUACUAUACUUUUAUACAUACUAUAUAAAUACCUGCUUCUACUUUUAACUCAAAUUGUUAGAUAAUCAUCCAUGAACACGGAUUUACGCAAUAUUUUUAACCAAAGUUCACAACAAAAGAAUUAUUUUAAUAAUAUUAAAAAAAAUCUAUGAAUGACCAAAACUAUUACAUUUUUUUCUUUAAUUAAGAUAUUUUCAACUAAAAAUAAAAGGUGUAACUCGAAGAUCUACAACCUGAAAUAAAUUUCUUCCUAUUCAAUAUUUUUAAUUUUUAAUUUUUUUAAUAAUAAUUGAAAUAAUUAUGUGCUCAAAUAUUACAUAAUUUUUUUUUGUCACUUUUAUUUUUGGGGGUGAAACGAAUAACUACUCUUGAUUUUCAAAUAGAAACCUAUAUUAAAAUUCCAUAAAUAGUUGGACUUAUAGUUAAAAUACAUUUUGGUUUUGAAAUUUUUGAUUUUGGUAAAACAAUUAACGUGGAACGAUUUGGCGAUGGUGGGUGGGUGCUGCAGCACAAAACCUAAAUCGUCUGAUAACUUAGUUAGCGCUAAUUUAUAAAUUCUGGGAAUGAACUUAUAUUUACUUAUAAUUAUAAAAGGUUAUAACUUACAAUUUAUCCGAAACGUUUCAGCCGUAAUCGGGGACUAACUUCACAGACGUUUCAUUUUCGGGUGUAUGAUAUACAUUUCAAAAAAUAUCAGAAGAGGUAGGUUCGGAGUAACAAAUUAACUAACUAGGUGAAGUGCGCAUAUACUCCAUUCGACAGAAGACCGACACUAUUUUCAAUGACUCAACAUUGAUUCUAAUUUUUAUUUUUAAAACACUUAUGUGAACUUCACAUUAUUACAUUCACUAUUAACUACAUUCACAUGGUAUCAUAUGAAUAUAUUAUGUAAGGUAUAUUUUAAUUCAAUUUUUUUUCUUCAGAGCAAUCAAAUCGACAAUUACAUGAAAGCUAAACUCUACAAUUCAGAGAGCGACAAGAAAAUUAAAAUGUUGGAAGACAAACUAGAACGACAAAAGCAAACUGUGCAAAUAUACUGUCAGAUAUUAAAUACAUUUAAAUUGAAGAACAUUACACUCUGA